AUGGCUGUUUGGUGGCGCGUUCUGUUUCCCCUGUUCUUCCUCACCCUGAGCUGGGUGUACCCAUGUUGUUCUUCCACUCCAGGCCUACUCCAGGCCUACUCAUACUCCCUCAAAUCCACCAGGUGCACCCACGCCCGGGUUCAGCAGCUGCUCAGGAGAUAUGUGAGUUGACUCCUCUGUUACUGGUGGCUAGUCUGCUAGCGAUUGUAUGCCCAGACAACAGCUAUCCUCACCUACUACAGGCUGUUAUCAUAAUGUACCCUCAUUUGUCUUGUCAGAAAGAGGAGCUGUUGGAUGACAAGCAGUUUGAGGACAGAGAUCUGGAGUUACAAACCAUACCAUCCCUCUCUACAGACUUUUACCACUGGCUUCAGAUGAAGGUGUGUGUUUGUGUGUGACCUGUGUAUGAAUCACUGUUAACCUGUGGUGGUUUAAUGCUUUAAAAGGUACGAUGGAGUAGGAGGGACAUUGUGUAUAAUGUUAUGAUCCGGCCUGUACAGGACUGGGAGCGUCUGAGUGCUGCCUCUCGAGACCUGCACACUUUCUGGGCUCACCUGGAUAUGAAGAGAAAGGAGAUGGAGGGGGAUAAGGUGGAACAGAGGGCAGCCCACCGGAUGGGGAGCAUGGGGAAGGCUAAACUCACCAUACCCGAGAGUAUACAGUGCAUUCAGACAGACCUGCGGGAUCUCAUGACAAAAGUAAACUUUCAGGUACAAUUUGCACCAUAUAAAUUAAUGAACGAACACAUGCACAGAUACACAUUUGCGGUGUUCACACAUUGUGUGUAUACUUAUUGUCUUUGCACACUGAAUUAGGUGUGCACAUAGCUACCCAUUACUCAGCAGCUACUGUAUAUCCACUGUAAGGAGAAUAUAGUAAUGAGCUCAGUCUGAUAAACCUGUCUGUGGUCUUUACAGUUGAGGUAUGUGAACAGCUCCAGUGUGAGCCCCACCUCUCCCCCAGCCCUGACCCAUCCAGUGAGCCCUUCCGCCAGCCACCAGGCCCCAUCAAAGUCCCUAUGGAAUAGCCGCCUGGAGGGCUACGUCAUCCUCAGGGACCUGGAGCGCUACCUCACCAAGCUGGCCAGAGACUUCAUCCUCCUGAAGACCAAACAAAGUGGUCCUCCAGGCGCCCAGCCCAGGGGCAGAUAG